AGUCUGAAAGAUCUGUGAAGGAGAAACGGGGUGAAAAAAAAACAACAAGAGAAGGACAGAGGUUUUGGAAGAGGCUGAAUAUGGUGUGUGGAUCCCGGCUGUUGGCGGUGAUGAUGGCGUUCGUGUGCACCCCUGGGUUUGGGACCAUGUGCUCCAUCUGCAAUGACAUGAGCUCCAAGGGCAGGAUACUGGCCUGCAUUCACCAGUGCACGCACAUGGCCCAGGAAGACUCCCCGCAGUUCAGAUCCUUGGCCCUGGAUUCAGAUAGCAACGAUGUCCUACUUAACGCCUUGUUUGCCACCCUGGCCUCUGAGGGAAGGUCCGAGGAGCCCGAUCCAAAGUCCCGAAGCGAGGAUCGACGCUCCUACUCAAUGGAGCACUUCCGCUGGGGCAAACCCACCGGCCGCAAGCGCAGGCCCGUGAAAGUCUUCGCCUCCUCCAUAGAUGGCGGCGACUCUUCCGAGGGCAGAUUCCUCCCGCAGGUGCGCAGGCAGCUGAGCAACAUGGAGGAUGAAACAGCCGGGGCCCUGGAUCUAGGAAGUCCUCAAAGCCAGGGAUUGCAGGGAAUGAGGCUCAGCCCCAAACCAGACGCCCUGUUGAAGCAGCAGGAGAGAAAAGACGGGACCUAUCGAAUGAGUCACUUCCGAUGGGGGAGCCCACCCGCUACUAAGCGUUAUGGAAGCUUUAUGAGGCCGUGGGAGGAGAAACCUCAGGGGCGGCUGCUCAAGCUCUACAGAGACGCUAUAGUCAAGGAUGUUCCAUAGAGGAGAAGGGGAUGAAGGGAGAAAGGAACGAGAGAGGGAGGGAGAUGAGGAGAGGGAGGGUUAAGCCGAGUCUGAUAGCAACUGCAUGUCAUUAAAACCCACAGAUUUAAAAUUACAAGAAGUUGUCCAUAUUAU